UUCCUUCUCAUAUACGGACUCUGCAAUCUCCUUUCACUUGUUUUCCUCUUCUACUUUUUCAGUCGUCCAUGUUCUAGGGAAAUAAAACCAUGGGCGCCGGUAAUAGUUGUUGUCUGUCGUUAAAAGCCUUGUUUGGAACACUUGUAGUUUUGGGGUUCUUCUUAGUUGGGACCCUGCAAAGUGAAGGGAACGAAACAACGAGAAAGACCACGUUAAGGAUUGCCGAUGAUGAUGACGAGUCAUGGUCGUGGAAGGGAAAGGUGCUGCUACAGAAGGAAGAGCAAGUGAAGGACUUAGGCAAAGGAAAGUCGAGUUUGGUGCACCGACGGAUGGAUCUCAACUACAUGAGCAAAAGAAGAGUUCCUAAUGGACCAGAUCCUAUUCAUAAUAGGCGAGCUGGCAACUCGAGACGACCGCCGGGACAAGGUUAGGCAUCAAAGUAUGACCGCCGGAAGCUUCGAAUCAGCCGAAGUACUAAAAGACGAUGACCACAAAACCAGCAUGUCUGGCAUAUAUUGUGCAUGUAAUAUUUUGGAGGUGGGACUAUGAAUAUUUGAAAUAUUUCGAUUAUCCA